AUGUCGCAAGGUGAGGCGACAAACUUAACAACGACAAUCAACACCACCGAGGGCGUUGUCGAAAGCUCUUCGGCGACGACGAACAUUGCGUCUUUGGGCGCGACAAAAGGACGGCGCAAAACUACAAGAAAGAAAUUGUCCCAACAACAGGUAGAAGUGGAGGAUAGGUCGAAAGAUCAACUUCAAUAUCAGCCACAUUCCGAAACUACUAUUUCGGUAGAUAGGAACAGAUACUCGACCUCUCUUGAUCCGAGAGGUUACAUUCCAGUUUAUGAAUACGACAUCAACGAACAGCCGAUAAUGUGGGACCGUGAAACUGGAUACGUUCAUUUCACAGGAAUAUGGAAGGCUCUUGGGAAGAACAAGGCUGAUAUCGCGAAAUUAGUAGAAACCCACCCGGACCUGGCAGCAACCAUUAAAAAAGUUCGCGGUGGGUUUUUGAAAAUACAAGGGACUUGGAUGCCGUACGAUUCAGCAAAGGAACUUUCGCGUCGGACAUGUUUCCCGUUAAAGGAUCAGCUGGUCCCAAUUUUUGGACCUCGUUUUCCGUCGGAAGUAUUAUCGCCAACACAACCUGGUUUCGGGGUUCUUGCUCUCACAGACGAUGCUGCACAGAAAAAGAGGAUUAGGCGAAAGCCUAAAGAGGCAGCUUCGGUUCCAAAUAAUGUAACGUUGAUGCAUAUUAACACUGCAACACCCAUCAGCACAAAAACAAUUACUACUACCGGUACUGUUACUGGGUGCGCGGUUAAGCCCAAGCUGAAAAUUUUGCUCGGAAAACGUGAGAGAGAGAAGACCAAGGAAGAGGCUAACACUAUUUCCUCAAAUACAACGCGGAGCUACAUGCAUUCGAGCUCCACAGAUAAUAUUUUUGAUUCCGACAAAUAUCCAUUCCAAUCUUACCGUAAUCCAUCAGAAGCUCAAGGUGGAUCCUCAUCGACACAACGAUCAAAAAUCAGUAAUAUCCAUGCGCUCCUCAAUGAGGAACAAGUUGACCCUAAGUACGAUCGAGAGCAUCCAACCUUGAAUGAUUGGGACUUUUUUCUCAGAACUGACGCUCAUUCUACUAAACGAAGAUACGAAGAAGAUCAAGAUGAUUAUUAUCAAGAUGCAGAUUCAUUUGAUCAUGAAGGAGGAGUGCCACGCAAACUCAGGAAAUUUUCAAUGGAGACAGAACAGUUGACUUACGAAGAUGGAUCAUCGACUUUUUGUCAAGAUUUCGCAUAUCAAUGUGGCACCUUUUUCCCUAAUACCACUAACAUUACUACUACUACCAAUAAUGAUACCGGAAUUAAUGAUGCUUAUCAAGAUCAGACGCACGUUUCACCAAUAAAUAAUUCCGAUGAUAUAAUCGCGAUUUCAAGUGAUGAAUCCAGUUCUGAGAUUUCAUCCAAUAACGGUGUUAUAUUUGAACAUUAUAAUUCGCCGAUCCCAAUGAACCCAGUUCAUCCGAGCAAUGCCAGUCCACCAAAACCAAUUUUUGAACGGGAUCUUUUAGAAGAGGUUGAAGCUGCAUCAAUCCUUCAAGGAUUAGCGAAUAAUCGAGGAAAUAGAUCAGUUGCUUCGUGGCCACGAACAUUCAUUUUUAACAACCAAGAAUUUCAGUUCAGCGGUUGUGCAGAAAGAGCAACAGCAACAUUGUCAGAACCUCAGAUUCCUCCGUUACUCACAAAAUUAAAAAGUGACGUUAAAGAUGCGAUGCGUAGCAAAGAUAAAGGAAAAUUAAACGUCAUCAAGGGACUUCUGUCGGACAUCACAUACGCAAGUAAAUCAGCCGACUCCACAAGCACAUUUCCAUCAACCGACGCAGAGAUCUGCGCAAUAAUUCAACGUGCCAUAAAACGUCGCCAAGAAUCAAUCGACCAAUAUUCGAAUGCAAAUCGCGCAGAUCUCGCAUCGGCCGAACAAACAGAACUCGAGAUUCUGCAGACUUACUUACCACCACAAUUGUCAGAUCAGGAGAUCGAGGACGAGGUGAAAAAAGUGAUAAGUAGUGUUGGCGCAUCAAGUGUAAAAGAUCUUGGUCGUGUUAUGAAAGAGGUUAAACUUGAUUCGAGUCGUGCUCCUAAAAAACGUAUAUCUGAAGUUGUGAAGAGGUUGUUAAGCUAA